GAUCGGAACUCCCGAUAAACUAACCACUUUAUCUGAUCAUCAUUGCAGAAGAUCGCCGAUCGAACCCAUUGAAGUGGCUGUCCACCUCGAUUAAUCAUCGCGAUCCCAGGGCGGAAACGGCCAGCCCGCGCGCUAGUGGAGGUGUUGACAGCUUGGAACUUGCGAACGUUAGAAACGCUGGAAGUCCUUCCAAGAAAACCCCAGCCCGCCACCUCUCCCACUUCCCCUCCUCUGACCGGGUCCAAUCCACACUGCGGCCACGAUGCCUGGAGAGAACCCCCCGUCUGCUGCUCAAGGCGCAAAGUCCAAGAAGAACAAGAAGAAGAACGCAAAGGCCAAAGAAAAUACCCAAAAGGCCGACUCCGAGCAAACGGAAACCCUGGAGAACCAAGAUGGCCUCGUGGAGGACGACGCCGAGGACCCCAGCGAUCCCAUCGAGACCGCAGACACCCAUACUACCAAGCUAGAUACAAAUGCGAACCACACGGCUGAACCACAUACCGAGAAGCCUGACUCGGACGACGCCGAGUCCAAAGAUCGCUUCGAUGCCCUCGUUCGAGACCGCGACUCCCUCCGAGCCGAAGUGACUGACAUGCGCAAAUCUUUGGAGGAAAUACAAUCAAAACACCGCGCCGACAUGGAAGCCUUGCAGCAGAAAUUGGACGAUGCGGAAUCCAAAAAGGAACAGGCUGAAACGCAAUUCCAGAAGCUCAUGGAGCGGGUGAAUGCAAUCAAGUCGCAACUGGGCGCUCGUCUCAAGGAGGAUGAGGAGGAAUUGGCUCAAGCGCGAUCCCAGAUUGAAGAACUGGAGGAUGAGAACGCCACACUAAAGUCGCAGCUGGAAUCCAAGUCUACAGAACUAGCAGAGCUCUCCGAAGAUGCGGCACAAAGGACCAAGGAAAUCUCUACUCUCCGAGAUCGAACGACGUUGUCCCAGCAAAACUGGAUUCAAGAGAAAGAGGAGCUAAUGGAGCAGAAUGGAUACCUCCAGUCCGAGUUCGAACAGGCCAAGGACGCCAUGCAUAACUGGGAGGUGCUGGCUAUGGAAGAGCGAUCCGUCCGCGAGAAUCUAGCGGAGAAAGUGGGUGAUCUUGAGGAGCAGCUUGAUAACUUGCGGGAUGCCUAUGAACGUGCGUCUGGUGAACGUGAUAGCCAACAAUCCACGGUGGAUGGUCUCCAGCGGGCGCUACAAGAAAUUCAAUUGGCGCGGAAGCAGGAGCUUCGGGAACUAGUCGAGACCUCUGAUGCUCAGCUUGAGGAUUUGCGAAAGUCCCUGCGAGAAGCACAGGAACAAGCGAAGAACGCCGACAAGAACCUUCUUACGGCUCAAGAAGAACUGGAGCGGGUGCGGCCAUUUGAGAAGGAGGUGAAAGAGAAGAAUCUUCUCAUCGGCAAGCUACGACAUGAAGCGGUUACCCUGAAUGACCAUUUAACGAAGGCGCUACGAUUCCUGAAGAAGGGCAAGCCCGAAGACAACGUAGACCGGCAAAUUGUAACAAAUCAUUUCCUGCAUUUCCUUGCACUCGACCGGUCAGAUCCCAAGAAAUUCCAGAUUCUCCAGCUCAUUGCGGCCCUCCUGGGCUGGGAUGACGAACAACGCGAGCAAGCAGGUCUGGCUCGACCAGGAACCUCGAGUCAUCCAGGCAAGCUUCGAGUCCCCGGUACACCUUUGCGUACUCCCAGCACGCCGAACCUUGCUACCGAGUUCAUGGACAAUGGAGCAUCCAGCAAAGAAACGCUAGCCGAGCUGUGGUCCAAUUUCCUAGAGCAAGAAGCAGAGGCUGGAGACAGGAACACGAUAAGACGCGGAAGUCAUCCAGGGCCAGCGAAAUCAUAGCGAUAGCGCCAAGUGCUUGGUAUUUUUCUUUCCUACUAUCCAACUCUUGGGGGGUUUCUCCAGGCUGGUUUAUUGUAUUUGUUGUGUCUCUCUCUACCUGUAUAGAAAUGGCCCUCCAAUAGAGAUCAGUCAAUCCACACCGCCCCGUAUUUCUGCCGGACAA